CGGCGCCCCGGACGCCGCCCGCCGAACUGCGCCGGGGGAUGUAGCAGCCACUCGCCGCCCAGACCCUCCUCGGACCUUGCGCCCCGGGGCCCUGCAUCUCCCCAGGUGACCACGACGACGACGACGGCCUCAGGUCAUGCACGGACACAGCCGAAACGGGCAGGCCCACGUGCCCAGGCGGAAACGCCGCAACCGCUUCGUCAAGAAGAACGGCCAGUGUAACGUCUACUUCGCCAACCUGAGCAACAAGUCCCAGCGUUACAUGGCGGACAUCUUCACCACCUGCGUGGACACGCGCUGGCGCUACAUGCUCAUGAUCUUCUCUGCGGCCUUCCUCGUUUCCUGGCUCUUUUUCGGUCUCCUCUUCUGGUGCAUUGCCUUCUUCCACGGUGACCUGGAGGCCAGUCCCUCAGUGCCUGCUGCAGGAGGCCCGGGGGGCAACGGCGGGGCAGCCCCGACAGCCCCCAAACCCUGCAUCAUGCAUGUAAACGGCUUUUUGGGAGCUUUCCUGUUCUCAGUGGAGACGCAGACGACCAUUGGCUACGGGUUCCGGUGUGUGACAGAGGAGUGCCCGUUGGCGGUCAUUGCAGUGGUUGUCCAGUCCAUUGUGGGCUGUGUCAUUGACUCCUUCAUGAUUGGCACUAUCAUGGCCAAGAUGGCACGGCCCAAGAAGCGGGCACAGACCCUGCUGUUCAGCCACCACGCUGUCAUCUCAGUGCGAGACGGUAAGCUCUGCCUGAUGUGGCGCGUGGGGAACCUGCGCAAGAGUCACAUCGUGGAGGCCCACGUCCGGGCUCAGCUCAUCAAACCGUACAUGACCCAGGAGGGUGAGUACCUGCCGCUGGACCAGCGGGACCUCAACGUGGGCUAUGACAUCGGCCUGGACCGCAUCUUCCUGGUCUCACCUAUCAUCAUAGUGCAUGAAAUCGAUGAGGACAGCCCGCUCUACGGCAUGGGCAAGGAGGAGCUGGAGUCGGAAGACUUUGAGAUUGUGGUCAUCCUGGAGGGCAUGGUGGAGGCCACAGCUAUGACCACACAGGCCCGCAGCUCCUAUCUGGCCAGUGAGAUCCUGUGGGGUCACCGGUUCGAGCCUGUGGUCUUCGAGGAGAAGAGUCACUACAAAGUGGACUACUCACGAUUCCACAAGACCUACGAGGUGGCUGGCACACCUUGCUGCUCAGCCCGGGAGCUGCAGGAGAGCAAGAUCACGGUGCUGCCCGCCCCGCCACCCCCUCCCAGUGCCUUCUGCUAUGAGAACGAGCUGGCCCUCAUGAGCCAGGAGGAAGAAGAGAUGGAAGAGGAAGCUGCUGCCGCCGCAGCCGUGGCUGCAGGCCUGGGUCUGGAGGCAGGCUCCAAAGAGGAGGCAGGCAUUAUUCGCAUGCUUGAGUUUGGCAGCCACCUGGACCUGGAGCGCAUGCAAGCCGCUACCCUCCCACUGGACAAUGUCUCCUACCGCAGGGAGUCUGCCAUCUGACCUCCAGGCCCUACCCUCCUCUAUUCCCGCAAGAGCCUCUGCCAUGGGUGGGACGUCAGGACAAGCCUUCCACUCUUAGGACAGAGUUGACCACGGCUCUGUGGACCUGGAGGAAGGUGGGGGCUUCAAAGACUGGGAGAUCCCUUCCUGUUGACUGCAGGGCCUAGGACUGGGAAAGACUCAGGUACUCAGCCCUGAUGGCCUGGGCCCCCUGGCAUCUCCCCACGGUGGCUCUGGGCCCCCAGAUCUUUCACCCUUUUCCCACUGACCCUUCAAGGAUGUACCCCUUCUGCUCUCAGGACCUCGGGGAAGGCGGCUGGACUGCUGGGGGGUGGGCAUCAUGGGGUUCUGGGUGGGCAGGGUGGGUCUGGGGGAGGGGGAAGGGUGUGUUUCUUUUGCAUGACUGUGUCUGUGCUCUUGACUCUUUUGUAAAUAUCUAUAAAUGGAAGAGAGGGAGAC